GUUCACACAACCUAUCACUUCUCUCAUUAUGCCCAGCAUGGCUCCAUGGGAUAGUUUCGACCAAGUCUUCUCAUUUAAUAAGAAAUACUCAUAUGAACCAAAGGUUUUUGACCAGAUUCUAUCCAGCCGGCGCUCGUUGGACCAGCUCUUUGCCGAUCGACUCUUGGGGCUCCUCGGCAUCCAAGGAGUGACUAAGGUCUACCCGCCGAAGUCCAAUUCAGAUCUCCGAACACUGUUCAACCACAUCGUUUCUUCAGAACUCGAUGUCCAUCACAAACAGGCCUUGAUCUAUUACAUCCUUAAGGACUGUCGCACUGCGCCAGAGGCUUCAUCUCAAUUUGCGAAACAAUGCCACCUCCCAGAAAAGUACCGUUUCUUCAUUGAAGGUCUUUGGCAUUUGGAUCGACUCGAUUUCAGGCGAGCAGUAGAGUUUCUUGCUGAACCCUCUCUCAUUCCUACAUUCCCGGAUGAGAUCCUUUACGUUCUUACCCUCACAAAGCUUCCCAAGCAUGAUGACAGCCUCGCAAUCGCAUACUACCUCACUGCGGCUCCUCCGCUUGCAAGCGCAAAGAUCCGCAAAGCUUUCUUCGAUACACUCGCCCGAUCCAAUGUCACCGAGGCAUUCUUCUUCACGCGCAAGUACGACGACACUCUCCGUCAGAGCUUUUUUGAGCAGUUGGUGGAAUUUGUUCACAGGGCCACCCCUGGCCAAACGAGAAGCAGACGUGCGAUGGAGCUCGUCGGUCUUCCGCUCGACGAGGAUGAGGAACAGUGGUUUGAGCAUGUCUUACUGCAGGGCAAUGCCAGUACUCUUCCUGGAGCUAAGGAUACCGUGAUGAUGCGACGCCUUGCAACUGGGCGAACUGGUGAACUCAACCCGGAGCUCGAGUCCUUGGGUGGCAAAAAGGUCGAUGGGUUGAAUUGGGAUGACCUUCGGGGGAGCAUACGACGCACGUAGAUGAUAUACCCAA